CCGAUGAAGGAGGCCGAUGCCAUCAAGCUUUUUGUGGGGCAGAUUCCCCGAAAUCUGGAAGAGAAGGACCUCAAGCCUAUUUUUGAGCAGUUUGGCAAAAUCUAUGAGCUAACCGUGAUAAAGGACAAGUACACAGGCAUGCACAAAGGAUGUGCAUUUCUCACAUACUGUGCGAGAGAGUCUGCGCUCAAAGCUCAGAGUGCUCUUCACGAGCAGAAGACACUACCCGGGAUGAACAGGCCGAUCCAGGUGAAGCCGGCGGACAGCGAGGGCAGAGGAGAGGACAGAAAACUGUUCGUGGGCAUGUUGGGAAAACAGCAGAGCGAUGAAGACGUCAGACGGCUCUUUGAACCUUUCGGGAGCAUAGACGAGUGCACUGUGCUCCGAGGACCAGACGGCACCAGCAAAGGAUGUGCGUUUGUAAAGUUCCAGUCUCACGCUGAGGCCCAAGCAGCCAUCAACAGUCUCCACGGCAGCCGCACGAUGCCAGGGGCGUCGUCGAGCCUGGUGGUGAAGUUCGCAGACACAGAGAAGGAGAGAGGGCUCCGGAGGAUGCAGCAGGUGGCCUCUCAGCUCGGCAUCUUCAGCCCCAUGACGCUCAACUUCCCCGCUUACAACGCCUACACACAGGCCCUUGUCCAACAGCAGGCCCUGGUUGCCCAGUCAGCGUACUUGUCUCCGGUGGCAACAGUUGCCGCGGUACAGAUGCAGCAGAUGGCGGCUCUCAACGCCAACGGGAUCAUCGCCGCGCCCAUCACACCCAUCACACCGUCGUCGGGUACAAACACUCCUCCGACAAUCGCGGCUACACCUGUGCCAGCGCUGCCUCCACCAAUAGGAGUCAAUGGAUACAGCAGUGUCCCCGCCCCCACCAAUGGACAACAAGCUACCGAGACACUGUACACCAACGGGGUUCAUCCAUAUCAAGCCCAAAGCCCAGCUGCCUUGGACCCCCUACAGCAGGCUUAUGCAGGGAUGCAACAUUACACAGCGGCGUACCCGGCUGCGUACGGAUUGGUCGGGCAGCCGUUCCCCCAGCAACCCACAUUGGUUACCCAGCAACACCAGCAGCCCCAGCAACAGCAGCAGAGAGAAGGUCCGGAGGGCUGUAACAUCUUCAUUUACCACCUGCCCCAGGAGUUCAGCGACUCCGAGAUGCUCCAAAUGUUCCUCCCUUUCGGCAAUGUCAUCUCCGCCAAAGUGUUUGUGGACCGCGCCACAAAUCAGAGCAAAUGCUUCGGAUUUGUAAGUUUUGACAACCCUGCCAGUGCUCAGGCUGCCAUCCAGGCCAUGAACGGUUUUCAGAUCGGGAUGAAGAGACUCAAAGUGCAGCUGAAAAGGCCUAAAGACGCCAACCGCCCAUAUUAAGUCACACCUGUGGAUACAUAAGAGACAUGAUUUGAGGUGACUUUUUGGAGACCGUUUUGGAGAAAGAGGAGGAGGAAUCCCAGGGUUCAUUGUGCUUUCCGAC